AUGUCCUUCAAAGUUGCGGCGCGCUUGGCGGCCGCAAAGGAAGUCGUGGCUUUGCGCAUGCCUCUCAAGUCCUGGGUGGUAUGGCUAUGCAUCCUAAUGGAAGUUGGGAGCCUGACGACCAUGAUUCAGCUCGGAUAUUUCAGCCACCCUGCAAUGCUUUUUGUCCCUUUCUUCUUACAGGCUCUUCUGAGUGCUGAUCGCGCUGGGAUGACAGGAAGAAUGGUUCUGGGAGAUUCGCGGAAAGUCGUCUACUUUGCCUUGUUUUGUCAAGGAUACUCCGCCUUUGGCCUGGUCAGGGCGCAGAAGCACGCUCGGCGAUUCUACAUUGCUACCAUCCUAUUAAGAAUUGUUUGCUGGGUUCCAAUUCUUCUAUCCUUUUCCGCCAACGCCUUGUGCCUGACUCCGACUGGCCUUCUUUACACUACGGAGUGGCAGUGGACGGGUUCGAAGGAAACAGAAAUGGAAAUCAUAGGGAGAACAAUGUCGAACUAUUCUCGUGAAGCUCUUGAAGUUGGCAGCGACCGGUCUGUGUUUUGCGGCCUCAUUGUUCCUGGCAGUUCCAACUACCACUACCAACUGAGUUCGGAUGCAUUCCGGAGACCUGAAGACAACCCUUCACUGGGCGAAGUACCGUACCGCGAAGCUACUCUAGAGACUUUUGCCCAGCUGCCUCAGAUGCUUCAAAGAUCGUGUGUGCAUGGAGAUUUUGAUGCAUUCAUGUUUCAUGAGUGCAUGGAAGUUCAAGGAUGGCUUGCCAACUUAUGCAAUGCUGAUGCGAUUGCUUGUCAAAUGCCACAAAUUGGUCGAGGCUUCUUGGAUUUUGUGACAUGUUUAUACAUCACACUUCCAGCCUUCAUGCUCUCUGGCUGGCUGCUUCUGUGCACGUUGAGCACAGUGUGGUUCCGAGAAUGUCUCCUUACGGAGAUUCAUGAAGACAGAGAGUUGCGGAAAGCGGUUCGCCGGAAGGCCAAGCAGUUGCAACAGGAGAUGAUGCAGCAAGAAGCAACCUUCAAGGAGAGAGCAAAAUCAUAUUUUGCCCUUUUGAUGUUUUGCUUUGAUCUUGCCUCAGAUGCCGUGUGCUUCGGUCAAUUUAUCAUGACUCAGCAAUUUGGAUUUGCAGCUGCCCAGGGAAUCAUUAUGCUGUUCGCAGCAGCUUCUGAGCUGUGGAAAGGGGGACCUACAGACCUACUACAUGCCUUCAGGGAUUUUCGCAAGACUGGUGUUCCCUCCGACAAGUAUUUGUCCAUCCUUCACGCAGAACAAACCCUAGAAGCACCGCUGUCCUUCUUGCUGCAGUACUACAGCGCCUUUUUCACAUCUGGCUCGGAAGAUGUCACUGCCUUCUUCACACUUUGCUUCUCAAUCAUGAUGAGCCUUUAUGCUAUCUCAAAGGCAGUGUAUGAUAAUAUUCAUCUCGGCAUGGAGGAAGUGUUUGAUGAAGCAGAGGAGUUGGCCGACUCAGAACCCCCAACACCUUCCGCAGAGCGUGCACAGCUGCCUCCACCACCAGCCUUGGUGUCUCACGUCGUUGCCAACCCCUCAGAAGGCUUAGCACUUACAGCGCCCCUGCCUCCUCCGCCGGGAUUGUCGCCUGGGAUGGCUGCAGCCAUUGCUCAGCCUCCCAAAGUAGUGGUGCCAGUGCAGCUGGGCCACCGCUUGAAAGAGACGGAAUGA